UGAAUAAGAUUCAGAUUGAUUUCAAGGUUAAACUCAAAUGAAUUUUUUAUUGAAAUGGAAAAAAUAUAAUCAAGUUUUUUGAAAGAGUUUCAGCUUUUUAUAUACUUAUUUAUUCAUCGAUACUUUUGUUUACCGAAAAGUUUUUUCAAAAGGAUUGAUCGAGUUGCUAUUCCACUGUCAUAACACAUGGCUACAAUUCGCGGUAUUUUAAUAGUUCCUGUGCUACUUUUACUCUGCCUGUUCCAUGUACAGUCUUCAUCAUAUUUCCAAAAAUUAACGUGUAAACAAAUUGAACGGUGCGAUGAAAGUUUGACUAACUCGACAUUUAGGUUUCUAAAUAGUCCAAACCCGUUCGAGUUAUUUCGUGAGAGUAAACUUAAGACAAAAAAUAAGGUAAAAAAUGGCUCAUGCGAUUCGAGCCUCGAUGGAUCUUCUUGUCGUGAUAAACGUAGCAUUAAAUCAAGUCAAAUUUAUUCUGAUACUGUUACUGAUGAUAAAUCUAAUGUUCAGUGUGGUGGUGUCUUGAAUUCGGCAAAUGGAAUUGUGACCUCACCGAAUUAUCCUAAUCCAUUCAAUGUCUCUGGUGAAUGUCUUUGGAAGAUUAAAACAUCAGAUGGAUCUCAUUUGUUUGUUAAUCUAAUCGAUUUGGAAUUAGAUGCUUCUCUUGAUUGUACUCAAAAUGUGUUAAUCAUUUACGAUGGACCAACUGACCAAGACUCUCAACUAUUAGUUGCUUGCAAUCAGAAACAACUUGAUAAUAAUUUGGUUACUUCAAGAGGCAACGAGUUGACAAUCAAGUUAAUAACAAAUGGAUCAACAAAUAAGAUCAAAGGUUUUAAAUUUUCUUAUGAAACUGAUUGUAAUAAUUUCAUUGAAGGUAUAAGUGGAUCAAUAGAGAGUCCAAUCAACCAGAGCUCAAAGAGUCUUAAUUGCUCUUGGACAAUUAAAGUACCAAAAGGAAACAAUAUAAGUUUGGUUAUUGAGAAGUUUAAAUCAUCUGAUUCAUCUUCAUGUUCAACAAGUUACUUAUCAUUCAUCAGUAACCAGACAACUAAAACCUUCUGUCAAUCAGUUGAUUACACAGAUUUCGAUCCAAUUUUAAUCACUGAAAAUCAAGUACAGGUUAUCUUUGUUAAUCUUUAUCCAGAUAAUCAAUCAUAUUUCCGAUUAGAGUGGAAACUAGUUGGAUGUGGAGGUGACAUUCAUGAAAGUGAAGGUGAAUUGGUUUCUCCAAAUUAUCCUGACUCUUAUCCAAAUGGACUUAAUUGUCUGUGGACUAUUCAUGGUAAACCAAGUGAUAUCAUUAAAAUCUUCAUAAAUGAAUAUCAUAUUGAGGAAGGUGACUCAUUGCAGAUAUUUGAUGGACCGAGCACAAGGUCACAUCGUCUUGUGAACUUUUCUGGUCGUCUCAAGAAACGUUUGAGACUUAAGACAACCAGAAAUCACGCAACGAUCUCUUUUAAUGUUGAUAAUUAUUAUGGUGGAAAAGGAUUCAAAUUUUUGUUCAGAUCCGAGAAUGAUGAUGAACAUCCAUUCGAUGGUAGCUUUCAUUUGGUCACUGGCUCAAUAGCCUCUCCUGGUUAUCCAAAUCGAUAUGAAAACCCGAUCACACAUGAAUGGAUUCUUAAUGAUGAUAUGGGAUACACUGAGGUUACAAUCAAAGAUCUGGACAUUCCCUGGUCAGAAGAUUGUACUGACCAUUAUCUUUCCUUUACUGCUAGAGGGGAUGAACUCACCAGACUUUGUGGUAAUGAAUUCCCAACUACUCCAAUCAAAUCUAAUUCCAGCAAAAGUAUUGUCAUUUAUUACUUCUCAUCGUAUCGACAUAAUGGCCGAGGGUUUAUGGUCACUUACCAAACGACUUGUGAUUCUACGCGCACGAUUUACAACCAACAAUAUGAGUUGAGCAAUUUUAAUAAUCUGCCAAUUGGUGGUGGCCAAGCUUCGUGUCAAUAUCACUUAAACUCAUACAAAAAGUUCAAUCAAACCCUAUUGACUUUUGUUGAUUUCGCGAUCAAACAAAAUUCUGAUAGUUACAUUGAUCUACUAGAUGGAGAGUCAAAUGAGCCGACAGCCAUUACUCGAUACAAUAGCUCUUCUCAUCUUCCAACAGCUCAGAUUUUUGGUAAAUCAUUUCAUUUUCACAUUAAGGGUCAAGUUCUGUUCACAGUUUUGUACUCACAGUAUUUUGAUUCAUGUAAAUAUGAACUGAAUAGUUGGGAAGGAACAUUUAAUUCACCAGGAUAUCCGAAUGAUUAUCCUCCUUCUCAAACUUGUGUUUGGAAAAUUAAUCUUGCUCAAGGUAAUUUAAUCUCUUUGAAGUUUCAUUCGUUUGAUGUUCAAUAUGAUCAAUUCUGUGCUUUGGAUCAUUUGGAGAUUCGAGAAGAAAAUGAAUCAGGUAAGCUCAUUGGCCGAUUUUGUGGAUCAAAUUUACCACAAUUAAACUCGACUCAAUAUUAUCCAAGUCUAUGGAUUAGAUUUAAAUCUCAUGCUAAUGGUUCAGCUUCUGGAUUCAAAGCUUCAUACAAAACAAUCAAAGAUGUGAAAAUCAACUCUGAUUCUGGUAAAAUCGGAUCGUUUGCUUAUCCAAGAAUAUUUUCAUCGGAAAACAAUCAAAGUUGGACAAUUAAGACAAGUAACUCGAAUAAGAUUAAGUUUAAAUUGGAAUCAAUUGAUAUUCUUGAUGAUUCGUUUGACAGCUCAUGUAGCAAUUCUAGUAUCACAAUUUAUGAUGGUCCAUCAGUGAACAGCUCGAUUCUCGGUCAGUUUUGUGGUUAUCGUGCUGGUUACCUUCCAAUUUAUACAACUUCUUCAAUCGCUUAUGUCCAUUUCAAGCCAAACUUUUACAUUUCUAGAUUCUUGUUGAGUUGGACAUCGGUCAGUAAGAAUAUUCCAUUUCCGCUUAUUGAUGAUCCUAAUCAUCUGUGUAAAUAUACUGCGAAUCUUAAACUUAAUCAAAACUUGACUUUACUCUCAAGUUCUUAUCCGAAUGAUUUGAGUUGUAGUUGGACCAUUUCAAAUCCUAUGGGGACUCAGUUACAAGUUGAAAUUAAUGAGAUGGAUAUUAAGUUACACUCAGAUGAAAAAUGUCACAAAAAUAGAGUCUCUUUUUACGAUUACAGUUUUGACCAUGAAAAAGAUUGGAAAAUCAAUAGAAUAGUCUGCGAUUCAAAAGAAAAACUAUUCACUCUCCAAGGUAAUCAAUCGUUGAUCUCGUUCUUCAACUAUGGCGGCUUAUCAACCGAACUAAAAGGGUUCAAUAUAACAGUGAGACCGAUUUGUGGUGGCACAUUUUAUGGACCAACAGGUAAUAUCGAUUCGUCUUUACUUGGACCAUUCGAAACUUGCUCAUGGAAAAUCGUUGUACUAAAAGGUCAACGAGUCGAAAUUAAAUUUAAAUCUUUUAACUUGGGUUCGUCUGAUAAUCAUUGUUCCAAUGGUUAUUUAAGUAUUCAUAAUGGUGACUCGCCUGAUUCACGAUUACUUGGACAUUAUUGUGGAGGUAAUUUACCUACGAAAAUAGUAUCAGAGUCAAAUAAACUAUUUAUAUCAACUUAUGUUCCUGUAUCCGAACAAUUUGAAUUUUCUUUAUCAUAUCGACAAGUAUCAGCUCCAUGUGAGUUCACCGUGGAACUAAAUGAAUCAACUCCAUCGGCCAUAAUUCAGCUUCCUGGAUACCCAUAUCCACCUGACGAAUAUUCUGAGUGUGAUUGGGUUAUAAAAGCUCCAAUCAACAGAGUUAUAAGAAUUGAUUUCGAAAUACCAGAUCAUGACAUUAAAUGUGAUUUAAACUCUACUCACGUUGACAUUUAUGAAGGCUCUACUCAGCUCUCACCGAAAAUUGGUCAAUUCUGUCCAAUAGCUCGAACAACAAGUGUCGUUACAUCAGAUAAUCAUAUGUUCAUUCACUUUCUUUCCAAAGGAGGGGCUGGUUCUAGUUCGUUCAAGGCAACAGUGAAUCUUCAUGUUUGCGGUGGUAUUUUUGUUAUACGUGAAAAGACAGCAGUCAAAAGUCCAUCUUAUCCCGAACCGUAUGAUGUUAAUCUGACCUGUAAUUAUAAAAUUUAUCCUGGACAAAUAUCAAAAAUGUUGACUUUUCAAUUUCUUACACUUGAUUUACCUUCAAAUGAGAAUUGCAGUUCAGGUGACUAUUUAGAAUUUCAUAAAUACGUUUUAUCAAGAUGGUUCGUAGCUAAAGAAUGUGGAACGAAAAAUUUGAAAGGAAAAGCUCAUAGCUCGAUCAACAAACUAUUCAUGAGAUUCAAAUCAGAUUCAACUCUUACGGGUAAAGGCUUCAAGAUUUGGUUCGACUACGAAAAUGAUAAUAUUUAUAAUGACUAUAUCUACGGAAAUAAACCAGGAAUGAUUGAAUCUCCGCGAUUCCCAAAAAUUUAUCCUGUAGGUCGGAACUGUACCUACAAAUUUACUGGGCCAAUGCAUAAACGAGUAACACUGAACUUUACUCGUUACAAUCUCAAGUCAGGUGAAAACUGUGUGGGUAAAAUUAGAAUCGAGUUCUAUCAAGAUAUACUACAAACACCGAAUUCACAAAACUUACGAAAAAUAUCAACAAAAAAUAUCACAAUUCCUUGUGAACUAAAUUCCAACAAUUAUGUUAUUCAAUCACCAAGUAAUAGAUUAACUGUUUACUUUGAAACUUAUUCUGGUCUGGAAGCUGGUCAAGGUUUCAGAGCAGAAUAUCAUUUUGACCAACCAACAGAAUGUGGAGGCUCAAUCGAUCCGAUUUCGAGAUCAAUCAUUUCGACAAACUUUUCACAGCCUGUUGUCGGUAGUUCGAGGAUCUCAUGCUAUUGGAACAUCAUUACUAGAGACCCAGAGAAAAACAUCAGUACCAAAGAUCGUGAUCACUUUGGUCGAGUAUAUGGACCUUACACUCCUUGGAUAUCAUUUGAUCAGAUUGAGGUCUUGGGAUCCGCUGAAAACGAUUCAAUUUGUUCUGAUGGCAGGAUAACCCUUUCAUUUCAAGAAUCUUGGGAUGGAUCAGAAUCUUAUCACAGCAUAUUUAGCAGUCAUAAUAGGAUAUUAUGUGGCCAGAGCUCGAAAAGAAUCACUGUGAUUUCUCCCGUUUCGAUUAUAUUCUUUUACCAUAUCACAGCGAAUUUUACUCGAACUCUAGGCUAUCGUGGAUUCAAAGCCCAUUAUCAUACUAGCCAAUGUGGUGGAACAAUUAAAUCAUCUAACGGUACAAUAACAACUCCUGGGUGGCCUCAUGAGAAUUAUCCUAUUGAUACUGUUUGUGUUUGGACUAUUCUUAACACUGAUCGUAGAAAAACGGACAGACAAAUUCAAAUUGAGUUUAAUGAGUUCGACUUAGAGUCCGACUGUUCAAAGGAUUACUUAGAGAUUUAUGAAAUCAAUAAUUUUGAAGUAACUUCGAUUGGUAAAUAUUGUUCAAAGAAAAAGCCUCAGUUCGUUCAAACUUAUCAAGAUGGAAUCUCAAUUGUAUUUAAAAGUGAUGGUGAUGAAACAAGUAAAGGAUUCUCAUUGAACUACAGAGUGACACAAAGUUCUUGUGGAGAGUAUCAAAAUUCACGUGCUAAUAGAUAUCAUGAAUUUCAAGGUCCAUAUAAGACUAAUCAAGAUUGUGAAUCAUUAUUAGAAGUUGAGCCGCCAUAUCGGCUUAAUUUGACUUUUGUCAAGCGAUUUGAAAUCGAAGAUUCAGUUAACUGUUCUAAAGAUUAUCUCGAUAUCAAUGAAUGGAGAAACAACUCUUGGCAUCAUUUCGGUCGAUACUGUGGAUACAAUUCACCAGGGUCGAUCAUCUUCAAGGAAAAUAAAGCCAAACUUAUGUUCCAUUCAGACGGAGAUGAUCGUCGGGGAGAUGGAUUCGAUUACUAUGUAACGAAAUAUUGUCGAUUAACAAUUGAUAAAAGAGGAAAUGGAACUAUUAAAAGUCCUGAUUAUCUCGCUCUCUAUAGUAUUGGUUACUGUGAAUGGACAUUUAAAGGAGAAGAUCCUGAUGAUAAGAUUUUUGUUCAGUUCAACGAUUUCGAUAUAAGUGGAAGAUCAUGUGAGGAAGUUUACAUGGAAGUAAUAAAAGAUAAUAGAGUAACAGGAGAAAAUCGUAUUGAAAGAUAUUGUCGAGAUAAUCCACCGAAAAGCAUUGAAGCUCAUGGAAAUUUGAGAAUAAUUUCAAAUGCAUUCAAAGACAGUUACUCAAGGGGAUUCACUUUCGAUUAUCAAAUUGUCAAUUAAAAUAGCAAAAAAUAUGAAUAAAAAUGAAAACAUUAUAUUC